AUGGGAACCAAAAUCAGAACAAUUGCUCUGUGCCUUUUUCUUUGGAAUCUGUUUUUCUCUCUUGCCUUCUCGGAUGGGCUGUUCAGAAUUGGGCUGAAAAAGCUGAAAUUGGACCAAAACAAUCGUCUCGCCUCUCGGGUCGAGUUGAAGGAAGGGUUAAAAUCGAGGGCCGAAGCCGGAGGUGUGAAUAAUGCAGACAUAGAUAUUGUGGCUCUGAAAAACUAUAUGGAUGCUCAGUACUUUGGAGAGAUUAGUGUUGGCACCCCACCUCAGAAAUUCACUGUUAUUUUCGAUACGGGUAGCUCGAAUCUGUGGGUCCCAUCUUCAAAAUGCUUGUUUUCUGUUACAUGUCUCUUCCACUCUAAAUACCAGUCGAGCGAGUCGAGCACUUACAAGGCGAAUGGAAAAGCUGCUUCAAUUCAAUAUGGAACUGGAUCCAUAUCUGGAUUCUUUAGCGAGGAUAAUGUUAAAGUAGGCAAUCUAGUCGUCAAGAAUCAGGAAUUUAUUGAAGCAACAAGUGAACCAGGUAUUACAUUUUUGGUAGCUAAGUUUGAUGGCAUAUUGGGACUCGGUUUCAAAGAGAUCUCAGUGGGAAAUUCGACCCCUGUCUGGUACAACAUGAUUACACAAGGUCUUGUUAAGGAGCCCGUUUUCUCGUUUUGGCUCAACCGGAAUGCAGAUGAUCAGGAUGCAGGUGGAGAAAUCGUGUUCGGAGGUGUUGACCCGAAGCAUCACCAGGGUCCACAUACAUAUGUCCCGGUCACACAAAAGGGCUAUUGGCAGUUUGGAAUGGGUGAUGUCCUCAUUGGCGGCAAAAAGAGCGGUUAUUGUGAUGGCGGGUGCUCGGCUAUUGCAGACUCCGGGACUUCUCUAAUAGCUGGUCCAAGCACCAUAGUUGCGAUGAUUAACCGUGAAAUAGGAGCAACUGGCAUUGUUAGCCAGGAAUGCAAGUCCAUGAUAAGCAAAUACGGACAAGAUAUUAUGGAUCUUCUCUUGGCAAAGAAAGCAGACGGCAUGUGCCCUGCAUGUGAGAUGGCCGUUGUUUGGAUGCAAAACGAGCUGAGACAGAACAAGACUCAAGUCCACAUUUUGAAAUAUGUUGACGAGCUUUGCGAGAAGAUGCCUAAUCCAAUGGGAGAAUCGAUUGUCGACUGUACAAGCAUUUCAUCUAUGCCGAGUGUUUCCUUCACGAUCGGUGGGAAAGUCUUUGAUCUUUCGCCAAAUCAGUACAUACUCAAGGUGGGUGAGGGUGCCCGAGCACAAUGCGUAAGCGGUUUUACGGGUCUCGACAUUCCUCCUCCACGUGGACCUCUUUGGAUAUUGGGAGAUAUUUUCAUGGGUCCAUACCAAACGGUGUUCGACUAUGGCAAACUGAGAGUCGGGUUUGCUAAAGCAGCUUAG